AUGGUGCCAGUGGUUUUGUUCAGUGGGAUCCUGGCUGCCAGUCUACCCAUCCUGCAGCUGCGUGCGGUGGUUGGGGAAAUCUUCAUCCACGAACUGGAAAGAGAUGGCUUUCAGGACUACUUCACUGACCAUCAGGAGCCGACGGCUGAUCCCCCCGUCACCUUCCACGCCAACCUGCUGGAUCAUCCGGACUUGCCCAAGUGGCUACGCUACACCCAACGCACUCCUUUCCAGACGGGCUAUCUCUAUGGGUCCGCCACAGACAAAGAAGUUGGCACACAGACAAUUGAGGUGACGGCAUAUAAUAGGUACACCUAUGAGACUGUGAGACAAACCAUGGUUAUAAGUAUUGUCCCAUCUCCAGACGGAGAGAUGCCGUAUCAAGCGGACUUCUUUGUGAAGAACUGGAACGUCGAGGAAGUGCUACCGACAGAGGUCCACGAACUUUUCCAGCAAGCCGUGGACAGCAUGUGGGAACAAGAAGGCUUGGUGAUGGUCAAUAUCUCCUCAGCCUUGGACCGGGGAGGCCGUGUGCCUUUGCCGAUUGAGAACAGGAAGGAAGGCGUUUACAUCAAGGUGGGUUCCAAGGAUCCGUUCACCAAGUGCUUGACAGAAGCCAAGUCCCUCGAAAACCGUUACUGGUGUAAGUUGGAGCAACAGCCAGUCAUUACCUGCUACGACAGCUUCAGCCCCAGAUUCAAAGUGGAUUGGUGCAAUCUUACCCUGAUAGACCUCACAGAUGUAAACUCCACAGAGAUGGUGCCCAUCUACGGUGACGGGGUGCUCGAGCCUGGCCCAGAAUUCAAUCCUCCGGACGAUGCCCCCGAUAGGGUGUUCUUCUACGACUUCUUGCUCACCUUUCUUCUCCCUCUUAUUUUGGGCCUUCUCCUCUGUCUCAUUCUGGCCUACAUCAUGUGCUGCCGGCGGGAAGGCGUGCAACGAAGAGACAUGAAGACUUCAGACAUCCAGAUGGUGCAUCACCACACGAUCCACGGCAAUACGGAGGAACUGAGGGAAAUGGCCAGGGGCCGGGACGUACCCCGGCCCCUCUCCACCUUGCCCAUGUUCAACAUCCAUACGGGUGAGCGGAUCAACCCCAUGCAGCGCAGCCGCCAUGACAGCGCCCAGGUGCCUCUCAUUCUGGCUCAACAGUGA